AUGGAGAUGACAUCUUUCCUUUUAAUCUUAUUUUUCUUUCUCCUCAUCUACUCAUUCUUCUUCCUCUUCAAUCCAACAAACUCCAAAUCCACCCCUCAAUCGGGUUUCAAACACUAUCCAAUAUUCGGAACCCUACCCGAAUUCCUCCUAAACCGCCACCGGUUUCUCGACUGGAGCACCCAAGUCCUCUCUCAAUGUCCAACGAACACGGCUGUCUUCAGCCGACCCGGAAAAGUCAAUGGCGUCAUAACCGCCAACCCGACAAACAUCGAACAUAUGCUCAAGACCAACUUUGAGAACUACCCGAAAGGAACCCGGUUUAUUUCUAACCUUGAAGACUUCUUGGGCCGUGGCAUCUUCAACUCCGAUGGCGAAACGUGGCGGGCGCAGCGAAAAACCGCCAGUUACGAGUUCAACAAGCGGUCCCUCCGGAACUUUGUGAUGGAAACCGCCGCGGUAGAGCUACAAACACGGUUCGUGCCGGUUCUUGAAAGGGCUGCGGCUUUGAACAAGGUUGUUGAUCUUCAAGAUCUUCUUGAAAGGUACUCUUUUGAUAAUAUAUGUAAAGUGGCCUUCAAUUUCGACCCCGGUUGUCUCGCCGGAGAUGGAACUUCCGGUAGUGAGUUCUUGAAAGCUUUUGAAGAAGCUGCAACGUUUAGUUUCGGAAGAUUUAUGUAUAUUUUACCAGGACUCUACAAGAUCAAAAAACUGUUGAAUUUCGGUUCCGAAUCAAAGCUACAAAAAUCAAUCGCUACUGUUCAUAAAUUCGCAGAUGACAUUAUACAAUCGCGAAUAACAGAAAGCGGGAAAGAACCCAACGCUGAUCUGUUAUCCCGGUUCACGAACAUAUCCGAGUACUCCCCAGAGUUUCUGAGGGACAUAGUCACAAGUUUCAUACUAGCAGGCCGUGAUACGACGUCGUCCGCCCUCACAUGGUUCUUCUGGAUAUUAUCUUCACAUCCAGAAGUAAAACUGAAAAUACUGGAGGAACUGAAAACACUCCGCCUUAGCAAAAGUGACCAGAAGUCUUACGUGUUCGACGACCUUAGACAGAUGCAUUACCUACAUGCCGCGAUAUCAGAGGCAAUGCGGCUGUUCCCACCGGUUCCAGUGGACACAAAAGCAUGCCUGAAACCGGACGUGUGGCCAGACGGGACGUUUGUUGGGGAAGGGUGGUUUGUUACAUAUCAUACAUAUGCAAUGGGACGGAUGGAGAGUGUUUGGGGGACGGAUUGCAACGAAUUUAGGCCGGAGAGGUGGUUGGAAGAGAAGAAUGGUGGUGGAACGGUGGUGUAUAGGCCGGAAAAUCCGUUUAAAUAUCCGGUGUUUCAUGGUGGUGCAAGAGUGUGUUUAGGGAAAGAAAUGGCGUAUACGCAAAUGAAGCUGGUGGCGGCGACGAUUAUGGAGGUGUUUGAGGUGGAGUUGGAGGUGGUGGAAAAGAAGGUGCCGGAGCAUGUGUUGUCGUUGACGAUGAGGAUGAAGGAUGGGUUGAAGGUGAGGGUUAGGAAAAGUUGAAGUGGUCCAUCCAUUGAUGUAUCAUGCAAGUGUUGAGUGGGUAACAUUUUGGUGUCAAAAAUGGUUAUGUCAAUUUUAUCUAUAUCUAUAAUAAUUAAAUAAGAUUUGGGACACUUAUACUCUAAUGGUGCAACCAUUGUGAAUUUUUGGCAGGAAAAUGGUGGAUCAUUGUUAUUUUUCUAUGGAUACCACGUGGGUUAUCAAACCCGUUUUUUUUUUUUUUACCCGAAUAUAUAAGCAACUAAACAACCCUAAUUUUCAUAAUCCCUCAUUCAAUCACGUCGUAAUAGUCUAAACCAAGAACAGUUUCAUCCAUCAUCAAUACAUUGAAUCUUCAAACUGUUAGUCGAAUCAGUGUUGGUACUUUUGUCUCCGAUCUUCUGUUUUACUUACGGUUAAGUUCAUAUGUUCUCUCAUUCAUAUUUGUGUUUCAACUGAGUUUUUAUGUCUUAGAACCCUAACUUCAAUCGCUUCAAUUUGUCGUUCCCUUCAAGCCUAUACAAUAUGUUCCAUCAUUCUCCAUUUACACCAAUCGAACUGGUUCAGGUAUGGAUGUUCAAUCUUUUCACAUUCCACACGUAAGGUAUGGUACCCUGUCUCCCAUCCUAGGGUUUCGUUUUUGAUGUUCGUCAUUACUUCUUUAUGCUACGUUACUCAACAGAUACCAACAAUUCUUUUUACAGAAUUAGGGUUUAAAUUGUGUGCUUCUGAAUUUUUACUCGGUAUACAUUAGGUUUAUACAUACUUAUUGUUACUAAUUGUAGUUAAUCCGAUCGUAUUAGACUCUGAAAUAUGAAAGAAUAAACAGAUGAUAUGUUGUUGAGUUUUAUUUGGUGCUUUAUUCCUUUCACUAUUUCUUAUGUUUAGUCUUUUUUGUAGAUCAAGAAGAAAAUUAAUUUGGGACCAAAUGUUGAUCAAAGGGUUCAAGGAUUCAAGAUCAUUCUAACACUUAGGGAGAUGAAGAUCUAGGCGGAAAUUAAAGAUUAUUUUGCUGAGAAGGAUGUUUUACAUCAGAGGUGAAACUAAAGAAAGUAGAUCACAACCAGAAUAGGAUAUACUUGUAUGUUAUUGCUAAGAGCCGGCGGUUAUCAGAAGGGAUCAGCAACCGAUUGGCAGAAACAGGGGGCUGACUUUAUGAGUGUUGAGUAUGAUAUUACCUCAAGUUGGAGCGACCAUAGAUUCAAAGAGUGGUGGAGAUAGGAACUUCAAAGAUGUUAUGCCUUUUGCGACUUGUCAAGAGCGUGAGGAUCUUGGUUUAAAAAAGCGCGCCUUAGGCGCGCCUAGGCGCAAGGCGACCUAAGGCGCAAACCAAAUUGCUUUGUGUGACAUAAGGCGCAGGGUGUACAAAAGGCACAGGUGAGGCGCACUUUUUAGCCUAAAAUUUGACCUGAGGCGCAGGUGAGGCGCGCGCCUUUUGUACACGGGGUGUUUCUGUGCAGCUGAGUGUUGUACAAUAGGCUUUUUAUGCUAUACAGUUCUGUUUUUUUUUUCAUUUUAAAACAUAUUUAAAGCUUAAUUUUAACUAAAUCAAAGGUAGGGAUGCUAAAAACCUGUGGGAUAUAUAAAAUAAUUUAUAUAAUCACUUUGCGCCUUGCAUACGAAAAGCUCACCGCUUUUGCGCUUUGCGCCUCUGUUUUAGACCUCGUCGCUUUUGUGCAUUUCCCGCUUUUUUAAACCAAGGUGAGGAGCUUGAAGCAGAGCUUGAGGUCUGUUUUCAGCUUUAUUGUGUUGUUUCAAUCGGUAGAGAUAUUUGUAACAUAUUAAUUUUUUUCUUUUGUUGUGGAGAUAUCGACUGCUAUAUGUUUUGUGUAAUCAGGGUCGAGAUAUUUAGGAUAUCAGUUCUCACCGUUCGGUACUAAGGCAAGUACAAUGAUUAUUGUGUUUUAAUAUUUUUAUUCUGCACUAAAAGUCAAGUUAUAUUUA